UUCCGGGUCGAGCCGCCGAUUUCACUGGGCAGAUUUUUUUCUUCUUCCGGGGGGAUUUUCUGCUUUAUCCGGUGGAGAUAUGGGGAGCCGGAGGGAGGAGGAGAGGAACGAGAAGAUCAUCCGCGGCCUCAUGAAGCUGCCGCCCAAUCGCAAGUGCAUCAAUUGCAACAGCGUGGGGCCACAAUAUGUAUGUACCAAUUUCUGGACAUUCACAUGCUUGUCAUGCAGCGGGAUACACCGUGAGUUUACUCACCGUGUGAAAUCAGUGUCAAUGGCUAAAUUCACUACCCAAGAAGUGCGGGCUCUUGAACAGGGUGGUAACCAGCGUGCACGUGAUAUCUACCUAAAAGAUUGGGAUUGGCAGCGAAUGAGAUUGCCUGACAACAGCAAACCAGAUAGGAUAAGGGAAUUUAUCAGAGCUGUUUAUGUAGACAAGAAGUAUGCUGGUGGGAAGUCCACCAACAAACCAGCCACCGAUAGUGAGAGUGUAAAGAGCAACGAAAGUGAAAUAAGAAGACCUGACUCCUAUCAUUCAUACUCGCAAAGCCCACCGUAUGAUAUGCAGUAUGAGGAUAGACGAUAUGGUAAGCAAGUUAACACGCUUGCUCGAAGGCCUUCGGAUAGGGCACUCUUUGAUGGGAAACUCGGCAGCAUAUUGUACAGUCCAGGUCGUGUCCGGGAUCAGAUGCAUGAAGAUCGAUUUGCUAACGAGAGUCACGGGUCAAGAUUUUCCGACUUUUCAGCCUCAAGCACCGGCGACUUGAGAAACGAUGCACUUUCUCCUAGCUCUCAGGAUACAGGGUACAGCAGCCCUUCCGUUCACCAUUCAAGAAAUGUAUCAUCUGAAAAUCCCCAGUCCCAAAGACAUCCAAAUGCAGUUCCACAAAUAGGUGUCAAUGGUGGUCGACAUUCACAGCGAACAGCUUCUUCUGGAAGUUUGGGAUCAUUUGACGGUAGCUCAGUAUCUAAUAAAUCAGUUGAUUCGGGUGUCCUACCUGAUGCACCUACAGAGAGGCCAGUGACUGGGGCAUCUUCUGUACCUCAUUUGGCACAACCAAAUGCCUUGCAGCGCAGUACAAACUCACCAGCCAGCCAUAUUGCUCCCACCCAAGGAUCUGUGCAGCAUUUGCCAGUUUCGCCGCAACCACAACCAACGGCUUUCAGCAAUCAAGACCUCUUUGAUAUGUCAACAAUGCCACAACCUGGCACUAGUUCUGCUUCAAUAGAUCUGUUUGCUGGCUUUAAUCAACAUACCGCAUCAAUUUCUAGCGGUCAUUCUGAUGUUGUGAAUGGAAGUGCACAUAAUGCUGUGGUUCAGAAGGUUGUGACGCCUUCAUCAUCUGUACCAGCAGGAGCACUCCACACAUCUGAUCCUGUGCACCAAGAUCUCUUCAGUCUGUCAAUUUUGCAGGAACCAGUAACGUCCUCUUCCCCUCCGUCAGUGGAUCUGUUUGCUGGCUUUGACCAACAACUGGCACCUAUUUCUAAUGUUCAUCAUACUACACCAGCCGCUCCAUUACCUGCUAAUGAAGGGUGGGCAUUCUUUGACACACCUCAAUAUGGAUCGUCGACUUCUGUUUCAAAUGUGCAAGCUCAGGUCCCCGCUGCAUUGCCUCAAAGUGAUGGUAUUACCAAAACAGUUGAUCAAUCAACAUUGCCAACUCCACCACCAAAUGCCAUUAUUAGACAAACAUCUCUGCCUAUUAUGGAUCAGUGGAGUUCAGAUGCUGAAGAGGUGAAGAUCCCUGUCCCCAAGGAAAACUCCCAGACCUGGAACGCCUUUUGUGAAUCUACUGAGAACAUGCCUGAUAAUUUGUUUGCAUUUAAUACUAUGCCUCAAGUACCAACUCAUCAAUUCACCGCACCCAGUGUUCCAUAUGUUGUAUCUGGAACUCCGCAGGUUUUGGCUAGGGGUGAGCCUGAAAGGUCAACUCCUGGGGAUAUGUUCCCUGGCUUCAAUGUGUCACCUGGUGUCCUGGGUGAGCCAUCAUAUCCUGCACCAAUUCAACACGAACUGGGCAUGAUGUCUCAGCCUGCAAAAUCAACAAAUCCAUUUGACAUGGCAUUUGAAUCUGACAUCGAAGCCAACGACAUGUUCAUGGAUUUUACCUCGCUACAAGCAACAUUGCCAGAUCCUCAUGUUCCCGCAGAGUACUCUGGGAACUUAGCAGAGUCAUGGAUUUCUCAGAAUUCGACCGUGCCAUAUAUUCCUUCUGUGCCUCAUGGAGGGUUGUCAUACAUCCCGGGACAAGUACAAGACCCCCACAUGCUAAAGGAAUGUGCGACCGGGUGUGCUGGAGUCUUUCUAUCCAAAGCAAAGCUGGUGUGUCCUUUAGCUCUGUUGUAUAUCCCUAGCUGGCGGUUUUGUGAAAACCAUGCGUUUGCUGUCAAGUCUCACAAGAAGGGCUUGCGCGGGCUGGACUUCCCAGGCGGAGCUCUGCCGGCGCCGCCGCAGAGGGAAAAGGGCGGGACGGAGCUCGGGCGGCUGCACCCGGAGAAUAGGUCGCCGGCGAGGUCGUCCGCCCCCACCACGGCGGGCUCCUCCGCCCAGACCCAUCUCGCCCAAGCCCGCCGGAGAAGACGCCGCCGGCAGAGGUACGGAGCUUGGGCAGCUGCGGCCGGAGAAGACGCCGCCGGCAGGCCCCUCCACCCCCACUACGACGACCUCCUCUGCCGAACGCCCAGCUCCGACGACGCCCUCUGCCCCGCUCCGCUGCACAUAAUGGGAAGCAACCUAGAACCAUUUAUACAGAUCAAGAUGCAGCAAUGGGGUGAAGAAAAAGAAGAAGGGAAAGAUGAAGGGAAAGGUGAAAAUGAAGAGGAAGAGUCCCAUAUACUUACUGAUUUUAGUGAAUGCAUGUAUGGUUUACUGCCUCUGAACAUGCAGUUUCCUGUGCGUGCCUCGCUCUGGUUUGCAUCCUGGAACGGUCAGACCACAGUCCUCGCCUCGUCUCCUUGCCGGACCCGUAGUCUAAAACCCUACCCAAAAUCUUUCCCCACCCGCCUCCGCCCGCCCACCGACGUCACCAUGCGCCCCUUCCACCCUCCCCGCCCCACCGCCGCCCAACCCCACCACCCGCGCCCCGGCGACCCCGGCCGCCCUCCCCUCCUCCCCCACCCCGCGCACCAGCACGCCGCGUUCCCGCCGCCCGGCCCCGGCGGCGGCGGCGGCGGCUUCGGCGCCGUCAACCCCAUGGUGGCGGCGGCGGCGGCGGCGGCCAACCCUUUCCUCGCCAUGCAGCUCUUCGGCCAGGCGCAGCAGCUCCAGAACCUCGGCUACCUCGCCUCCUUGAUGCAACAACAACAACACCAACAACAUCAGCAACAUCAACAUCAACAGCAGCAACAACCCUUCUUUCCAGGGGGCUUCACGCCGAAUCCCAACCAGUUCGGGCCUUUCCCGGGCAUGCAGGCAGGAUUCAACGGCGGCGGGGGGUUUCUGCCUGGCGGCGCUGGGUUGGCCGGGCCGAGGCCGCCGCUGCCGAUGAUGGGCGGUGGGAAUGGCAGCGGUGGCGGUGGUGGUGUUGGGCCUGGUUCUCCGAGACCUGUGCUGAACGGUGAUGGGAAGGAUCAGAACAGUGGUGGGAGGGGCACUCAGGUAAACCACACUAAUAACAAAUCAGAUGGUAUCUCCCAAGUUGUCUCUGAAAAUGGCGAGAGGAACAAUACAACAGAUCAGAAAACCCGAUUCAACCCUGGAACAGAUGGUAGGGAUGGAAGGCAAUUCGGCCCAUCUGGUGGAAGGGGCAGAGGAGAUGGUAGGGGCGGAAAGCAAUUUAGUCCAUCUGGUGGGAGGGGAAGAGGAAGAGGAGAUGCCAGGGAUGGAAGGGGGAGAGGGAGAAAUUUCAAUCAAGGCCGCGGAAGAGGAAGAAACGACUGGAGAGAUGGAAAAUCCAAUUUUACAAAUAGUGACAGUCCAACAUCAGGAGGACGUCACAUUGACAGUCCAACAGCAUCUGAAGGAGGCCGAAAGCGUCCUCCUAUCAUUUAUGACCAAAACGAAGUUAAACAGUGGCUACAGGCACGCAAGAAGAACUACCCGACAAGUGUUAACGUAAACAAGAAAUUGACUCAGAGUCAGUUGGACGAUCAAAAGAAAGAUGAAGAUGCCCAAAUGCGCCGUCAGGAACUCAAGGAAGUCCUUGCAAAGCAGAAAGAAUUGGGUCUUGAGCUCCCUGAACUACCACCAGGCUACCUAUCUGAUACCGACGGUCAACCCAGGGAACCUCAGGGCAACGAAAAGGAAAGUAAAUGGAGAAAUCAGCAGAGGGAUUCUCGUUUUGGAAACCGCGGCAGGGGCCGUGGCAAUAAGAGACAGAGGAACGAUCGCGGAGGAUUUCAGUCGAAAAGACCCAGGGAGUGGAACCAUAGUCAUGCAAUGGUCAAGAGUAGAGAGCCCACCCUGUUUCAGAAGCUUGUUAGUUCUGAUAUCAAGAGGGACAGGCAUAGGCUCCUGCACACGUUCAAAUUCAUGGCCCAGAACAAUUUCUUCCAGGACUGGCCUGAUAAGCCGCUGGAGUUUCCUAGUGUGAAGGUGAACCAGGUUGAGCUUGAGAUUGAUGAUAUUGCCGCAGAAGACUUGGAUGAUGAUGACUUGCCGGAUGCCGAGGCGGCCAAAGACGUCAGCGUUGAGCUGAAUGAAAAUGGUGAUGAGCAAGUCUUGGGUUCCAGUAGUGACGAGGAAGCUGGGAGCAAGGAGGACGAUGAAGCUGAAGAAGAGGAAGGCGAGGUUUCGGAGGAGGAUGCUGGCGCGGAGGAAUGUGAUGCAUCCGAAGAAGAAUUUUCAGCCUGAAAAAUCCGGCUGGUCCAAGCAUCUAGCAUGGUUUUUCUGUGUGUAUAGUAAAGUCCGUACACAGGAUAUGUGCAGCUUGGUUACACAUUAUCUGAUCCGCUUGAGCUAUGAAUGAUUUUGAUGUAAUCUUGUUGAACGGUUAAACGAUUUUGUUGUUCCAAGGAAAGGAAAAGACACAUCCAUGUGAGGGCAUCAUUU